UCUGAGAGUGACAUUUUUGAUGAAGAAACUAGGUGCUCAAUGUCCUUCGAAAAUUACAGUUCUUUGUAGCGAAAUUAUUUAUAUUUUCUUCCAGCCGUAGUAUUGUGUCUUUAUAAUUGUUUAUGUUAUCUAGAAAUUUUGAAAUAAUUAAUUUCUAUUGUUAUGAAAGGUAUAUUCGUAAAAAUAUCUGCUGUGAUUUGAUUGUAUGACGAGUGUAAAUAUGGGAAAUUGCUUGAAAAGAUCCACUACUGACGAUAUUUCUCUGUUGAGAGGUAACGAUAGUGUUAGAGAAUCAUCAUCGGACCAACUUACGCCACCAAAUUAUCAAGAAGUGUUACCAUCUCAACCAGCAAUUCUUCCAGUUUAUCAUCCUUCACCUAGUGUUACACGGUCUGUAGCUCAACUUACCGAAGAGGAACAAAUAAAAAUUGCAAAACGUAUUGGAUUGAUUCAGCAUCUUCCCACUGGUACAUACGAUGGCUGCAAGAAGACCAGGGAAUGUGUCAUAUGUAUGGGAGAGUUCAUGGUAGGUGACGCUUUGCGUUAUCUACCGUGCAUGCAUACAUACCACAUGAGAUGUAUCGAUGACUGGCUCAUGAGGAGUCUCACUUGUCCGAGCUGCAUGGAACCUGUAGAUGCUGCUUUACUUACUAGCUACGAGACUAACUAAUAGCCAGUGCCUUGCAAUCGAUUGUGAAUUACUGUGAUCUGAACUCUUUUUAUUGGGCGUGAAUGAAGAGUGGCUGUGAUUCCAUAUUUAUGUAUAAAGUAUAUCUCAUUUAGGGAAGAAUAUGGAUGGCUCAUAUUUUUUUUUUUAUAUGUUCUCAUCGAUUCGCUUCAGUUAUACUAAUAUACUAGCGGGAUAGAUGCUGGUGACAAUGAUUCUCUAUUGGCAUCACAAGUAAAGAAUUAUAUAAAAUGGAUUAUUGGUGGGCUUAAUUUAACCGCCAUUUAAUUUUACCAUAUGAAUUUAUUUUUUAUUCUUGUUAUUUCAGACUCUGGCAGUUUGGGAACUGUUUCAAAAAAAUCAUUAUUGCUUCAGUCUUUUAUACAUACGAAAAUAUAUUUUUUAUUACUGUUCCGGUUUGAUGAAAAUUUCGGUACAUUUUUGACUGAGCACUUGAUUCUCAAACUUUUUUUUAUUUGGAUGAUGAAUAAUGCUGAAAGAUCCAUAUUCUUCGAAAAACAAUUUGAUGUUAAUUAUCCACAUUACAUUACACAAUGAUUGAAUUAAAAUUGAUCAGUGAUUAUAAGAAGGCUCUUAUGCCAUCGGAAGAUGAUUUUGUUAUUUCAUUAUCAGCCAAAGACUGAAAGUUCUUGCUUAUUUUCUGUAUAUCUUGCUAUAUCACUUAGUCACGUCUUUUCAUUAUAAUAUGCAAAUUAUAAGGUUUAUGUGGAUUUUAACAAAACCCAACAUCAUUUCAGGUACUGUUACUUGUAAAAUUGCUUUACGAUUUUUGUGAUGUUGAUAUGUUUUUUUUUUUUUUGAAUUUUUGAAUAUGUGACAGUUCUAUACUAUUUUGAGGUGAGGUACAUCGAAUUGCUGGUCGAAAAUAUUAAUUACACUUUUAUUGUAUCCUCUCUAUUAUAUUAUUUCAAAUCUGAAAUAUAUUUUUUUGAUAAAAGGCUCAAAUCUUCAAAUCGAAUGCUGAAUUAUAUUUGUAGUCUAAAUUGCAUGCUUUUCCAGAAUGAUUCAUAUUUCUGUUGUGCAUGUUCAAGAACAAAAAUGACAUCUGCAUAGGAACACUUCGACUCCAGUUAAAUUAGGUACUUGUUAAUGGAAUUGUAUUCUCGAUAGCAUUUACUCCACUAAUUCAAAUGAUUCAUGUCGAUGAAUAUCUGAUGAUGUUUUCAUUUCAAAAGAAAACUUGUAAUGCUGAAUGCUUCCGGAUUUUAAUUUUAACAUUUAACCGUGAUAAUUCAUCUCAGGUUUCAACUGCAACUGCAGUAAGCAUCUUCAGAGGUUUCUCGUUAGUAGACUGUAAUUUGACACUGCAUUUCUUUGAACUGCUCGAUAUUUUUAUACUCUCAUUAGACUUUCACCCCAACCAGCUCUUGAUGUUUGAGAGAAUUUCUCUCUUCGAGAACAAGAUGUGUCUAUUGGUCAAAAUAUCGUCAGGAUAAAGAAGCCACUGAUUUUUCUUAACGGCUGCAGUUUUAUAUUUUUAGAAAGAAGUUAAGUAUCAGGACGAGAACUGUGGAGUAAUCUACCUCUAGAGAUGUUUAUCGCACUUGUAGGUGAAAUGUUAGGUUAUAUGACUUAAUUGUCCGUCCAUUUGUUAUUUUUUAAUUACUGUUGCAUUGUAAUAUCGAUCUGCUGUAUAGGAUUUCAUUUUAGUCAAUCAGUUCAUUACAUCAUCAGAUUAUUACCUACCUUUAUUGAAUUGUAGUUGUACUUAAGUGAUUAUUCUUUUAUUCAGAAAUAAAACAGAAAUUUACAUUCAAAAA